CCCACUCUGGGUAAAGACUGGACCCAUCAGGGCAUUGCCCGUCUCUACCACAGAGUCAGCCAGAACGGCUACAAGUUUAUGUACUGUUCAGCUCGGGCGAUUGGCAUGGCUGAUAUGACCCGGGGUUACCUGCACUGGGUUAAUGAAAGAGGUACCAUGCUACCCAUGGGACCUGUGCUGCUUAGUCCCAGUAGUCUGUUCUCUGCAUUUCACAGGGAGGUCAUUGAGAAGAAGCCAGAAAAGUUUAAA